AUGGUUUCAAAGCCCCUCGUAAGUUUGUUGGCGGCAUACUGCCUUGGACAUGCAACGCUUGUUCAGGCGGCCCCAGAGAUUUCGUCCCUUCAAUCGGCCCUCACAAUUCUGAAGGAUAAUGAUCUUUUUGAACAUCUUACUCCAAGGACUGCAUCGGCAAUCUUGGUAGAGGCUUCCAAAACAUUACCUGAGGGCCAAGCGGCUUGCUCUGCCCUCUCCGAAACUCUCUGGGCUCCCGAAGGCCAAGGCCAAGAUUUCUCCAAGGGCCUAAACAAUACACUCUCAUAUCAGCAAUACCUUGGAAAGUUCUCUAAGAACGAAUUAUACUGGAUCGCCCCGACUGCAGAUAAGCCAUGUCGAGCUAUCACCGGAACUGGAGAAAUCAAGUCACUGCACUGCGGUCGCCACUACAGAUUGCCCACACUGUGCACUCACUCAGCUCCAGUGAGUAAUAUCAACACGAGCAAUCCAGCACCUCAAUACCAAAUCACAGUGAACACUGGAAUUCAUAAGAUCACUGGGUUCAGAGACUCUGCUGGCUUUCGAUUUGAUGGAGUUCGAUAUGCGCACCCCGCCCAGAGAUUCAAGCACUCCACUGUAUUCAACAGCCCCGGCAGUUCUGAUGCUUUAGCUUUUGGCAAUAUGUGUGUCCAGGGAGACGGUGGCAGCGAAGACUGUCUUUUCUUGAAUAUCGCCACCCCAUACCUUCCUGCUGCUUUCUCUGGCCGCUCUAAGGACCUCAAGCCAGUUAUGUUCGUUAUCCAUGGAGGUGGAUAUACUCACAACAGUGGCAAUAUGGUGAACUACGAUGGUGUCAAUCUCGCCAGCAGAGGGGAUGUCGUCGUCGUUAAACUCAACUACAGACUUGGACUCUUCGGAUUCCUGGCUACACAUACCAAUGGCGCCGGUAUUACGGGAAAUUAUGGUAUCGGUGACAUGGUCACAGCUCUGAAGUGGGUUAACGCCAAUAUCGCAGCAUUUGGUGGAGACCCAAAAAGAGUCACUAUUGGCGGAGAAUCCGCUGGCGCUGGCUCUACCUUGAUCCUGAUGGCCUCGAAAGCCGCAAAGGGUUUGUUCCACGCCGGAAUCGUUGAAAGCUCGGUAGGAGGAUAUAGCACAACUUCGAUCCGCAAUGACACUCCAACCCUUGCACAGGCUCAUACUGCGUUCCAAGGCCUUCUUAACGCUUCUGGCUGUUCGGCGACCGCCGAACCCAUUCAUUGCAUCAAAACCAUGCCGGCCGCUGAUUUAUUCGCCGCCGAUACAAGCGUCUUGUGGGGAGCUGUGAAAGAUGACAUUCACAUCCAUAGCACUCGUGGCCCCCCUGUCGCUAGUAGAGAAUAUAUUGCUGACGUCCCUAUCAUAAUGGGUCUUAACCGUGAUGAAUGGGCUAUCUUUACCUCCCCCGAAUUUUCUGGAUACAAUGGCAGCGCAACGUCAGCCCAUGAAUAUCUUGAGUUCUCCGGUGGUGAAAAUUCAGUUUUUGGCAAGAUUCAAGAGAGAGAUAUUACCGAAUUCGCAAACCAUCCUGCCUUCCCGCUUCCUCCAGGAGACCCAGCUGUGGCAGCCUUCAACCUCACCGUUCGGGUUCUCACCAAUGGAUUCGUUCGAUGCAAGAGUUGGUCUCAAGCUUAUCUCCUUGCAAAGAAUCGCAAACUUCCGAAAAUCUUCCUCUAUGAGGCCAACAGAGCACACCAGCCAGCGCUGUUCACCGUUUCGGAAUGCGAACCCCCAGUUGGUGGAUCCCCCGCCGAUGAAUAUUUCAAGUGCCACUCAGGAAUAGUAGACGCUAACCUCGGGGCGUUGAUCUGGAGUGGUCUCAUGCCAAGGGAUGAUUUGGAUAUUCCAUUCUCGCAGCUACUGGUAGACUACUGGAGCAGUUUUGCCUGGAACCACGAGCCGAACCCGAAAAAGAAGUAUUUGGAGGCUCGAGGAUACUGGAAUACAUUGGGCCAGGUGAAGAAAACCGGAGAAUGGGAGGCUUUGAAAUGGAGGAAUCCUACCAUGAGGUGGUUGCAAUGGGAUGGCUACCAGAGGGGUUUGAGUGAAGUUUCGCAGUGCCAUCAUAUGGGUCUCGGCCUAACAUAUCUUGAAAACUAA